UGUCCCAUCUCGUGUCCCGUAUGCUCCUCGGCUUCCAACGAAAAGGAAGCGAGACCGAACCAAGCGUAGGGGAGCAGCUUCGUCUCCUCCGUCUCGCCCACGGCAUUCGUCCGCAUUACAUUGAGAUCGCCACCAUCGCCUCGCUUCGUCUUUCUUCCGAUCUUCCCUUCUCCGGCUGCGGAUCCACGGAGCUACCGUUGGAUCUUUCCUGGCCAGAUCAGAAGCAUUUGUGGAGCAAUGCUUACCGUUAUUUGGAGACGUAGAGACGAAUAAAGUAGCAAGUGCGCACAAGUAGAAAGUAUGGCACCUACAAGCAAGGCUGAUAGGAAGGCAGCAUUAGAUGCAGCUGCAUGGAUGUUCAAUAUUGUUACAUCUGUAGGGAUUAUCAUGGUUAACAAGGCCUUAAUGGCAACUCAUCACUUCACAUUUGCCACAACGUUAACAGGUCUACAUUUUGCCACGACCACAGUUCUGACUGUUGUAUUUAGGUGGCUUGGAUACAUUCAACCCUCUCAUUUACCAUUAUCCAUCCUUAUAAAAUUUGUCCUUUUUGCAAACUUAUCGAUAGUUGGUAUGAAUAUAAGUUUGAUGUGGAAUUCUGUUGGAUUUUAUCAGAUUGCAAAGCUGUGUAUGAUCCCAGUAUCCUGUCUUCUGGAAGUUGUAUUCGAUAAAAUUCAUUAUUCAAGGGCAACAAAGCUCAGCAUACUGGUGGUUCUUUUAGGUGUUGGCAUUUGUACAAUUACUGAUGUGAGCGUGAAUACUAGAGGACUCAUAGCAGCUACUAUAGCAGUUUGGGGCACUUCCUUGCAGCAAUACUACGUGCAUUUUCUUCAAAAGAAGUAUUCACUUGGAUCAUUCAACCUCCUCGGGCACACGGCUCCAGCCCAAGCAGCAUCUCUGUUGAUUGUAGGGCCCUUUGUUGAUUAUCGGUUGACAAACAAAAGGGUGGACACAUUUGAUUACAAUGUAACCACUGUGUUCUUCAUCGUACUCUCAUGCACCAUAGCUGUGGGAACCAAUCUUAGCCAGUUUAUCUGCAUAGGAAGAUUCACCGCCGUCUCUUUUCAAGUUAUAGGACACAUGAAGACAAUCCUCGUCCUAAUCUUGGGUUUCUUCUUGUUUGGAAGAGAAGGUCUCAACUUACAUGUAAUCUUCGGAAUGAUCUUAGCAGUCUUGGGCAUGAUCUGGUACGGAAAUGCAUCAUCUAAGCCCGGAGGAAAAGAGCGACGCCCUUCUUAUCCGUUGCCCGUCGACAAAUCAUCGAAGCACGGACUACUAGCAGAACCUGGAGAUCACAAUGACAAAGUUUAAACUUCAGUUCAAUGAACAAACAAUGGUACAUUGCUUACUCUCACACCUUAAAACUCAUCAAUUACCUGCUUCUAGCUAUAGCAUUAUUUGCCACUUAUGAUCCCAUUGAAUUUGGGAUCCCUAGUGAUUCUUUUCCUUAUCUCUUGACAAAAUUCAAGACCCAUGAUCAUACUGGAUGAGUAACUAAAGUCAUUUUUUUUUAUUUUUCAUUUAAAGGUUUGUGUUAAUUAAUUGACUGGUUUUGUUUUUUAUGUUGCAUUUUACAAUCGUAUCCGAUGUAGCUACCAA